UUAAGUUUUUUUAGAAACCAAGCUUGUUGAAGUUUAUUUUGCUGGCACUAAAUUGUCACGUUUAUGCCUUAAUAUACUGUUUAAUAUUUGUAAUACAUACAGUAUGUUUGUGAGCAGCAUGGUGGAAACUGGUGAGCAGGUUUGCCUCACAGUUCUGAGGACAUGUUUAAAUCUGCCAAGUUGUAUUUUGUGUUCCAAACAAGUGGAGCCUGUAACUGUGUCAUUUCUUGGUUCAGGGAGUAUACUGACAUGCACGUCAAAGCUCAUCUGACAAAACAGAGGAAUUGAAUGAAGUAGCGUUGUAGGACUGAUGGGAGGCAAAUUUUUAUCUUUGAAAAAACCUCUUUGAGUCGUCACCUUCUCGUGGUGGAGGGAUUUGUGUGUCCCAAUGAUACUAGGAGCUAAGUAUUCUUCAUGCCCCUGGAGGGUCACCCACAGCAAAAAGGUCCAAGAUGAGGGAGCAGAAAGAGCACGGCUCCAUAAACCCCUGUGGCGAAUACAAAACUUGGAUGAUGUUUCCCUUGCCAGGAUGCGGGGUCACUGGGGCCCCCUCUGUAGCCAGGCCUGGAGGUAGGACUCAAAGGCGAGGACCCUGGUGCCAGGCAUGCACCAAAGAGUCUUGGCCGGGUACAGCCCGAAUGUCAUGAUCCUGGAUUCCAGCCAGGGCUGGGCGUGGCCAUCUAAUCGGAAGGGUCACACCUGCGCCUCAUGACCUCCGAUUAGCCCCAGUACAUAUAGGACCCAGGGGACGACAGAGACUCUGCUAGAUCGUUGCCUCUCAUGCCUCGUUCCCGCACUACCGUACACCUGACGGCUAGCUCCCGUGUACCGACCAACGCCUGUCUCCCGACCUACCCCGUAAGCCUGCCGUUACUGAUCUUGCUGCUUGUUUGGACUGACUCCCUGGUAACCGACAUUGGAACGAAUAAAGGCUUAUUCCGCACUGCUUACCUCUCACCUGAGUCGUGCAUUUGGGUCCACCCCCGAGUCUCGUCCGUGACAGAACGAUCUAGCCAAGAACAUGGACCCAGCCGACUCUGAAGCCAUUCGCCGUGCGCUGCAAGUGCAGGGCAAACGCCUGGGUGAGCAAGAGGCUGCUCUCCAGGGUAUGACUCACCAGAUCCAGGAGCUCUGCACCCAGCUACAACCGUGGCUAGCCUCCCAAGCUAGCGCGGCCGCUCCUGUGCCUCCCCGUGCCACCAUCACUCCGCUCUCUCGACCAGAGCGGUUCUCAGGCGACUCCGGUAACGUCAAGCCCUUCCUGGCGCAGUGGGAUCUCCACUUUGAGCUGCAAGCUUCCGCUUUUCCCACGGACCGCUCCCGAAUCCCCUUCGUCAUUUCCCACAUGACAGGGAGGGCGGAGGCAUGGGCCACCGCCAAGUGGAGCCGUAACUCGGAGACCUGCCGCUCAUGGGCGAGCUUCGUCUGCGCGCUUACCCAGGUGUUCCAGUAUGCGGCUCCGGAACGCCAGGCGGCGUCGUCACUCAUGACAAUUCGCCAGGGGCGUUGCCGCGUGUCCGACUACGCCAUCGAGUUCCGUAUUCGGGCUGCCGAGAGCCGCUGGAAUGAGGAAGCCCUCCAUGACGCGUUUUACGAGGGACUGUCCCCACAAAUCCGUGGUCACCUCGUGGCCAUGGAUCUUCCGCCUUCGCUUAACUCCCUCAUCGCAUUGGCCCUCAAGGUGGACCAGCGCCUCACCGUGCAGAGACAGAUGGAGGGCCUGAGGGAGGAGGAGAGGGAGAGUCACAGUCCGGUUGUUUCCGCUUCCCAGCCACCCGUGUUGUCAGCUUCACCAGAAGCCAUGCAAGUGGAGGGGCUUGGCAGCUCAGCGGAGGAGCGCUUACGUCAGCGACGAGAGGGACGCUGUUUUUACUGCAGGCGAUUGGGACACUUGAUCGCCCGUUGCCCGACUCGACCAGGGCAUUCUGACAUCAGGAUCACUACUCCGGUGAGUGUGCGGUACACCGCGACGGGGUCAGGGGGGUCCCUUCUUCACCUCACCUUGGGAACGGACUCCCGUUCAUGCUCUGUGACGGCUUUCAUAGAUUCUGGGUUGGAAGCAAACCUGAUAAAUCCCCGCGUGGUCGAGGAGCUGGGGGCGGCAACCUUCCCCACGCAACGGUUUCGUCACGCCUAUGCCGCCAACGGCAAGUUCCUUUGUCGGGUUACACAUCGUACUCAGACGCUACGUAUGAGCUUUCCGGACGCUCACUCGGAGCGAAUUAGCUUUCAUGUCUUCGACGCACGUAGUAGCGACAUCAUCUUGGGCAGUCCGUGGCUCAAAGAACAUAAUCCGCACAUAGAUUGGACCACGGGUCAGAUCAAGACUUGGGGUGAGGACUGUCUCAGUCGUUGUUUUGCUGUCCGGAGAGACAGGGGUAUUCAAGUCGCGCCGGUUCGGCUAACAGAACCUGGUACUGCCCUGGACCUGACCGCAGUGCCCUCCUGCUAUCAUGACCUACGGGAGGUCUUCUCUGAAUCUAAGGCAAAGUCUCUACCGCCACAUCGGUCAUACGACUGCGCGAUUGAACUCCUGCCAGGCACCUUUCCUACCAGAGGGAAACUGUUCUCUUUAACGCGACCAGAGCAUCAAGCCAUGAGGGACUACAUCGAGGACUCGCUGGCAGCCGGACUCAUUCGUCCCUCAUCUUCACCAGCCGGUGCGGGGUUUUUUUUGUCAAGAAGAAGGACUCCACGCUGCGACCCUGCAUCGACUACCGAGGACUGAACGACAUCACAGUCAAGAACAGGAAUGCUGACCAUCACAGACUUCAUCAACAUUCUCCAUCGUUAUUACAAGUCUCCUCUGGUGAGCCAACAGAUUGUAAUUAUUUGAUGCAAUUAAUUCUAAUUGUAUCAAAAUGCACAGGUGUAUUCACAUUUGUCAUAUCUGUGGUUGCUUUAGCAUGUGUGUUCUUCUACAAAGUAGUGAGCCAAUGAACAAGCCAGUUGAUGGAUUUGUGUUGAUUACAGGUUCAGAUAUAUGAGUUGGAGGAGCACAAGAUAGAGACGUGG